AUGUCUGGUUUAAGGAUAUUGGUGCCCGUAAAGAGGGUCAUCGAUUAUGCGGUCAAGCCCCGAGUAAACAAAGCCCAAACGGCCGUCGAGACGGCUGGCGUAAAACACAGUAUGAACCCCUUCGACGAGCUCUCAAUCGAGGAGUCGGUCCGUAUCCGCGAGAAGAAGCGGUACGCGCAUGGCGUGGACGACAUCGUUGCAUUCUCGUGCGGCCCGCCGAAAGCGCAAGACGUGCUGCGCACCGCGAUGGCGAUGGGGGCCGAUCGGGGGAUCCAUGUUGAGGUCAAAGAGGGGGAAGAGCCUGAGCCUUUGGGGAUUGCUAAGAUGCUCAAAGCCGUCGUCGACCGCGAGAAAAUCAACCUUGUCUUUCUCGGCAAGCAAUCCAUCGACGAUGACGCCGGCCAGACAGGACAGAUGCUCGCUGGCCUCUUGGGAUGGGGACAAGCGACGCAAGCGUCAAAAAUCACAUUCGAGGCUGACGGCAAGGGGAUCAUGGUGGAAAAGGAGGUAGAUGGGGGUACGGAGACGGUUAAGGGGGUGCUGCCGAUGGUGGUGACGAGCGACUUGCGGCUAAACGAGCCGCGGUAUGCGAGUCUGCCGAAUAUCAUGAAGGCGAAGAAGAAGAAGAUUGAAAAAGUUACGAGUGGUGAUUUGGGCGUUGAUGUGGGAAGGAGGUUGAAGACGAUUAAGGUUAUUGAACCUCCGCCAAGACAAGGAGGUGGCAAAGUUGAGGACGUUGAUGGUAUGAUUGCGAAGCUCAAGGAACUAGGCGCCCUAUAG